GCGGCAUCCAGUUCCGAACAUUAACAGUAACCCCCCUGGCAUAACAGUAACCAGCAUGGCUCGCUUUACUCUACUUGCAGCACUAUUCGCUGGGCUAGUGUGUCUGCUGAUCGAUCAUUCGGCAGUGUUCGCCUGGCCGAGCGCUUUACAGGCGCCUUCCGAUGCAUCGCAAAUACCUAACUUCCCCGGACCUGGUGACAUUCCAAAGCCUCCCGGUAUGCUGCACAGCCGGGUAGCACGUCAGGCACCGCCCGAAAUUCCCGGACAAAAUCAAUUUCCACCACCGCCGCCGCCGCCGCCCCAAAUGUCACAGAUGCCACAGACGAGAUCCCGUCGAAACGCUAGGACAUCGAUCGAAAUGGCAAACAUGCUGCCGGCGCUAGCACCAGUAUCGUACAUCUCGUUGGCUCGUGAAAAGCGGGCCGCCAAGGGCACGGGCGGAAAGCUUCCCAGUAAGGCGGGAUAGGCGACAGAGAAACGCAAACCCCGAUUCUUUCGUCUAUAUAUUGGCUGCUGAAGAUAUGUUAUUCCGCGUUAGUCAUUAAUGCAUAAAAUAAGGGGGUGUGACACAUAGCAUAUUCAUAUGUACUACAAUCAAACAAAUACAGUAACAUGCAAGCAAACAA